AUGCCAGGUUCUGUAAAUUCAUGCACUUCUUGCAUUUCUAAUACAAGAUUUUUAAACUAAACUUCGAAUACAUGUGAUUGUUUAGCAGAAUAUGAAGAAAUAGGUUAAGUAGACUGCUAAAAAAUUGCUGAUAAUAUUAGUAGCUAAUAAAUAAAUUUUAUUGAAAACUAUUUCUAUACCUCUUUCUAUAUUUAAAUUCCUUUUAUUUUUCUACCAAUAUAUACUCACUAAUAAUAUUCAUUUAAGCUUUAAUAAGUAAUUGGAAUUUUGGGAUUAUUAUAAGCAACAAAUAAUAAGAAUUUAAGAAUAUAAGCUAUGAGUAAUUAUAACAUUUACAAUUUUUAUAAUUUUUCCUAUGGAGAAAUAAGCUAAUAGUCAAAUACUUUACUAAUGUAUUUAGAAAUCUACUCUAUUAUUUAUUUAGCCUUCUUUUUAGUUACUUUGGUAUUAAAAAUCACAAGAGUCAAUAAAAGCAAAUUUACUAUUUUGAGAUUAAUAUAAGAUAAUUCAUUUAUUACUUGUGGUAGAUUUCUUUCCACUUUUAGUAUUUUCUUGUUAAUUCACUGUUUUGAUUAUUUAAUAGAAUAGUAAAAACUAACUUUAGUAUUUUUGACAGUCUUACUUACAAUGUACUUGUUUUAUUUGAUAAAUAUUUUAAUAGUAGUUUACUAAAUCUGGAAGAAAGAAAGGCAGGUUGUAUUUGGUACUAGUGAAGAUUUUAUUUAAGAAUAGAUUGAAGCUAAAUUUAAAUUUUAAAUAUUAACCAUGAAUAUCUGUUAAAAAUAAUCAUUAAGAACUUUAAUUUGGAUAUUUCUGGAGCUUCGAUAAAUUGCUACUAUUUUUCUGCUAAACUACUUUAAAAAUAGCUAUAUAGGAUUUGUUUCUGUAUUUGGAAUUAGUAUUUUGUUUUUGAUACUUCAUCUCUACUAUAGAUACUUUAGCAUUAGUAGCCAUCAUAUUUUUGUAGUAUCUGCUGAGAUAAAAUUCUUAAUUAUUUUAAUACUAAACACAGUUUUAACAUUACUUCAAUAGCCUCAAUAGUAAUAAAGUAUAUCAAUUUACCCAAAGUUAACUAUUUUAGAUAUACUGAAUAUCUCACUAUUAAUUAUAUGGCAGUCAAUAAAUAUAUUACUAUCGGUUUACACAUAUUAUAGAUUAAUAUAAUAAAUAAUAAAAUUAUACUCUAAUUAAAAUAGUAAGAAUUUUUCAAAGUCUGAAAUACCUGAAUUCCCAAUAGAAUUAAAUGAAAGUAAUAUAAACUAAAUACUAAGCCAGACUCUCAGUAAGAAAUAAUAUUUAUCCAGAAUAAAUAAAAAUUUAUGA